UCAACUCUUAUUUCUUGGCGAAGGGUCCUCUGUCCCGGCGUCUGCAAGGCCUGUAAGGCCAAUCAGCGGGAUGGCAAGUCCAGGACUAGCCAAUCAGGUCGCAAAGGCCUAAUCCCCGCCCCCGGCGGUCAGUCGCACGCCCUUGGGUGCUCUGGCGGGGCCACGCCCCUCCCUGGUGAAGUGUUUGGCGGCGGGCGUCCUCCUCACAGCGCGGAGCCUGAACCGGCCAUGACUGCCAAAGAUUAUCCAUCAUUGUGGGGCUUUGGAACAACAAAAACAUUUAAAAUUCCUGUUGAACAUUUGGAUUUCAAGUAUAUUGAAAAAUGUUCAGAUGUUAAACACUUGGAAAAAAUUCUUUGUGUGCUUAGGUCUGGUGAGGAAGGAUAUUAUCCUGAACUUACCGAAUUUUGUGAAAAGCGCCUUAGAGGCUUGGCUCCUGAAAGUAGAGCUUUGAGGAAAGAUAAGCCUGCAGCCACAGCAUCCAGUUUUACAGCAGAAGAAUGGGAAAAAAUUAACGGUGAUAUAAAGAGUUGGGUAUUAGAAAUUAAAAAAGAAGAAAAUCAGAUGCAUUUUCCUGAAAUUGAAACAUCUCCAGCAAUGGAAGGUAAUUUGCCUCCAGUUCGUGGUUCAAACAGCCAUCUUCACGUUAGUAAGGAAAUAUAUUCUAAAAGUAGGCCAGCAAAAAAGAAAAUUCCAAGAGAUUAUGCAGAGUGGGAUAAAUUUGACGUGGAAAAGGAGUGUUCAAAAAUUGAUGAGGAUUACAAAGGAAAAACUGUAGUAAACAACAAGUCACAUUUGUCUAAAAUUGAGACAAGAAUAGACACAGCAGGUCUAACUGAGAAGGAGAAGGAUUUUCUUGCUACCCGUGAAAAGGAAAAAGGAAAUGAAGCUUUCAACUCAGGAGAUUAUGAAGAAGCUGUGAUGUAUUAUACUAGGAGCAUAUCAGUGCUUCCCACCAUAGUGGCCUAUAAUAACCGCGCUCAAGCAGAAAUCAAACUACAGAACUGGAACAGCGCUUUUCAGGAUUGUGAAAAGGUCUUGGAGUUAGAACCUGGAAAUUUAAAGGCUCUUCUGCGGCGUGCCACUACAUAUAAACAUCAAAACAAGCUGCAGGAGGCUGGAGAAGAUUUGAGGAAAGUACUAGCUGUUGAACCUGAUAAUGAGUUGGCCAAAAAAACCUUGUCAGAGGUUGAACGAGAUCUGAAAGAUUCUGAACCUGCAUCUAAGAGUCAAGCAAAGGGGAAAAGGAUGUUUAUUCAGGAGGUGGAAAACUCGGAAGAUGAAGAUGGAAAGGACAGUGGGAAAAAACCUGAAGAUGGCAGUGGAGAUAAAAAGGCCGCCGAGCCGGCGGGAGCCAUGGGCAACAUCCAGAAGAAGCUGACCGGCAAAAGCGAGGGCAGCAAGCGGCCGGAGAGGGGCGCGCCGCGGCGGGGCCGGGCGCCAGGGGCCGGCGCGGACAAGCGGGGCCGACGGGGGCGGGUGCCGGCGGGUGGCGCCAACGGGCCCCCGGGCGGCGGGCGGGACGCCGGGGACCCCGCCGCGGCCGACGCGCCCUCCGCCUCCGGCCCCGGCCCCGGAGUGCCGCCACCCGCUCCCGCCGCCUCGGUCGGCCCUGCCGGCCUGAAGAGCCAGGGCAACGAGCUGUUCCAGAGCGGGCAGUUCGCCGAGGCGGCCCUCCGGUACUCGGCGGCGAUCGCGCAGCUGGAGCCUGCAGGAAGUGGAAGUGCAGAUGAUCUAAGUGUCUUAUAUUCAAAUAGAGCAGCGUGUUACCUAAAAGAAGGAAACUGCAGUGGCUGCAUUCAAGAUUGUGACAGGGCUCUGGAACUUCAUCCAUUCUCUAUCAAGCCUCUUCUUCGACGAGCAAUGGCCUUUGAAACUUUAGAGCAGUAUCGGAAAGCUUAUGUGGAUUAUAAAACAGUGUUGCAAAUAGACUGCGGAAUCCAGCUAGCAAAUGACAGUAUUAACAGAAUAACAAGAAUUUUAAUAGAUCUGGACGGACCAAGCUGGCGGGAGAAGCUGUCACCCAUUCCUGCUGUGCCUGCUUCUGUGCAAUUGCGAGCUUGGUGGCCUGCAGCAGAGACACCCCCAGACCAAGAGGGAGACUCCAGCAACCAUCACCAACCAUGUGUCACAGAUGAAAAAAUGUUUAAAACUCUUAAAGAAGAAGGAAAUCAAUAUGUAAAGGACAAAAACUAUGAAGAUGCCCUUAGCAAAUACAGUGAAUGUUUAAAGAUUAACAACAAGGAAUGUGCCAUUUAUACAAACAGAGCUCUCUGUUACUUGAAGCUGGGCCAGUUUGAAGAGGCAAAGCAGGACUGUGAUCAGGCGCUCCAAAUAGACAACAGGAAUGUGAAAGCAUGCUAUAGACGAGCCCUUGCUCAUAAAGGACUCAAGAAUUAUCAGAAGAGUUUAAACGAUCUCAAUAAAGUUAUCCUGUUAGACUCAAGUAUUGUUGAGGCAAAGGCAGAGCUGGAAGAGGUGACCAGAUUCCUGACUAUUAAGGAUAAUACAGUGUCAUUCAGCAAAGAAAAGGAGAGGAGGAAAAUUGAGAUUCAAGAGGUGAAUGAAGGCCAUGAAGAAGAGCCUGAGAGGACCUCAGAGGAGGUCUCCACUGACUGCCUUGCUUCUGAGAAGGGGGACACAAGCAAUGGGCCACCAGAAUACUAUGAAAAACUGUCAAUCAUCAAGCCUAACAAUGCCUAUGAAUUUGGUCAGGUUAUAAACGCCAUCAGUAGUAGGAAAGAUAAAGAAGCUUGUGCACACCUUUUAGCCAUCACUGAACCAAAAGAUUUGCCAGUGUUGUUGAGUAACAAACUUGAAGGGGAUACAUUCCUCCUCCUCAUUCAGGCUCUGAAAAAUAAUCUUAUUGAUAAAAAUCCCUCACUGGUGUAUCAGCAUCUUUUAUAUCUGAGUAAAGCAGAAAGGUUUAAGAUGAUGUUGACACUAAUUAGCAAAGGCCAAAAGGAGCAAAUUGAACAGCUCUUUGAUAACCUCUCAGACAGGCCAAAUAAACAUUUUACUUUAGAAGACGUACAAGCCCUAAAAAGGCAGUAUGAGCUUUAAAUCAAGAUUAUUGUUAGAUUUCUUCCAUGCAUGUAUCUGUUCCAGUAAUGUUAAUGAAAUGGUAUUGUAAUAGAGUAGCAUGUAUAAAACCUGGCUUAGAAAAGAUCCCUUGGUCUGGACUAUAAAAUAUUUUACUUAUUUUUAUACAUAGAACAUGUAUAUUCUACAAUCUCCUUUUUAUUAGUUGUAAAUAUUUUCUUAUGUACCAGCACUAACAUCUUUAUAUUUAAUAAUAAGUAUAUUUGGAACUUGUUAAAAUGCAUUUUAAUUUAUAUUAUACAUUUUCUUUUAAUAACUCGUUAAAAACUUGAGUUAAAUUACAUUUUUUUGGAUUAUGGAGUCCUCUUAAGUUUGAUAGAAAUGUGUUUCUUUAAAAUUCAUUUUUAAAAGUGGAGAUCAGUAAGAGUGAUUAUUAUAUCACCUUUAUUUCCUGCCAAGAUAUAUAUAAAUCCCAUUUUAUACUACUUGCGGAUUAUAUUCCACUAAGAUGAAAUGCAAUAUAAGUCUGUCAUAUGAAAUGAUUAUUAAAUUGUGAUUAUUACUUUAGAACUAUAAGAGGAACGUAUUUUUUCUAAUAUGGAAGCAUUGCCUAAUAAUUAACAAAAAUUGCCAAAAACUUCUACCAGUUUUUACUAGAUUUUAAAAAACUACUUUCUCUUAUAUAUUGCUUAUAUAAGCAAUAACAAAACAACCAUUAUAUAAUAGCAAACCAAGCCUGCGUUUCUGCUUGAAUUGUCACCUCCACAUUUUUCUCAAACAUUUAAAUGUCUUCUUCCCCUGCCCCAAUCUUUUUUUCCCUUUAAGCAUGACCAUAUUUAUUCCCUUAAUGUAAAAGGGAAAGUGAAGACCUCUUAUCGCAUUGAGCGCUCCUUUGUUAACUGGGUCAAAGUAAAGGUAUUUCUUAACAAUACAACAUUCAGGUCUCUA